AUGAAAGAUAAUAUAAUGUCUAAAGAGCUAAAUAUUGGAGGGGGAAAAAAUCGGUACAAGUAUCAACCCUUCAAUGUUCUUGUAGAAAAUUUAAAAAUCGACAUUACGCAUACUGCGACAAAAGAACAAGAGCCUGAGGGGUUUGGAUCAUUCUUUUACGAAUCCCUGGAAUCAUGGAAAGAACUCAAUUUGUCAACACACUUUAAAAUUUUUGUACGUGAAGUCUCGGAAUAUUGUCAGUCAUUACCUCAAUUAAUAUAUCAUAAAGAAAAGAUAAUUCAAAUUUUGGAAAAACAUCUUCAAGUCGAAGAUAGCCUUGCUCUGGAACCAUUAUUGGAUCUUGUUACGAAACUGUCGAGAGAUCUGGAAAUAGAUUUUUAUCCAUUUUUUGAGCGAAUUUUUGGAGCAAUAAUACCUCUUACAAGACUUCGAGAUGUCAAAAUAUUGGAGUGGACAUUUAAAUGUAUAGCCUAUUUAUUUAAAUAUUUGUUCAAUCAAAUAAUUGGGGAUCUGUGUACAACUUAUCGACUCAUAGCACCUUUGCUUGGAGAGGAAUAUCAAAAGCCUUAUGUUCGUCGUUUUGCUGCUGAAGCAUUUGCAUUUCUUCUACGUCAUGCACAUGCUGAAAACCUUGCACAAAUAAUUAAUUAUAUAGUCGAUUCGUUUAGCGAAUCGCCAACGGAUGCUUAUUGUGAAGGAUUAAGCAUCUUAUGUUAUGAAGCUACUCAGUCACCGGAUAAUAUGCUUCAUGCUAAUACACCAACACUAUUGAAGGAAUUGUUGAACGCGUCAUAUAGACAUUCAAAAAAUGAUAUCAGCAUUGAAAAUAAUCCUGGCUAUCGCAUUCUUACUAUGACUACUGUUGCAAUUCUUCAUCAUACUAAAAAUGAAAAUAUUGGACCUGUAUGGAAUUUAUAUUUAAGUGAGGUAGAAAACGAGCUAAAUUGUAUAGUCCAGGACAAUACAAAUGAAAAUCAAUCUAUACCUGAUACAACGCAAUUUUUCAAUUCAUGUACAUCAUUGAUGAUGUUGUCCAAAUUGGAAGACAUUUUCGCUAGUGGAAAAGACAUUUUAGAUAAAAUUUUUGAGUACAAUGACGUCGAACCUGUUUUGUCAUUCUGUUUAUCUUUAGCGAACCUAAAAUGGGAACAUUACACGCAAUUCAUGCUUCCAUAUAUUGUUAGGUUUUCUUCAACUCAUUGGAAUGUGGCUUCAACGAAAAUUACUAUUUUUCUUGCACAUUUGCUAUUUACAAAAACCAUUUUAAUAUCUUCAGGCACUGUUUCUUCAUUUAUUACAAAGGAAGGAUUAAUAAAAUUUCCUAAUGCUAGUACGGAAGAAAUAAAAUGCACCGAAGACCAAAAUAUCACAGAUGGACUAAUAAGUUUGAUAAGUCGUGAUUAUGAUUGGGCCUCAGAGGUGCAUGAAACGAGUUUGUUGGACUUAGAUUCGGAAAAUAAGGAAAAUACACAGAUUUCGUGUUUAACAUUAGUAUCUGCAAAUCUCACUAUAGUAACGCGUGUAUCCGUGCCAUUUUUAAAGACAUUUAAUUCGCUAUUAUCUCUAAUUAAAUCAUUGAUUCGAUACCUUAAUUGUGAAAGUACUUCCUCAACAAUGCCGUAUCUAAAACGGCCUUUGACUCGUGGCUUUCCAUUUGUACUUGCACAAAAUUUGUUAGGACAAACAAUCACUACUGUAACUAAUUUAUGCAAAAGUUCUUUAGGGAACAAUGGAAUAGACCAUUUAAUUGGUAUAUGGAAUAUUAUUGUUGACGAAAUUUUGAUAGUAUAUUAUGCAAAUGAAGUUAUUUUGAGGUCUAUCGCGGAAUAUAUGGAAUAUAUGCGAACAAGUAAAAAAAGUGCCUUUUUAUUCGAUACAGAGGCUCUUGAGAAAAUAUAUCCCCAUCUAAAAUGCAACAUUGGCUCCUUUAUACAUCAAAGCCGGUUGUAUUCGUUGAAAAUUCUCAUGCUUUUCGAUCAAUUUCCAUUUAAUAAUGGGGAAACUUCUAAAAAUGAACAAGAGCCCUGCGAAAUAUUCGCAAUGGCUUAUAAAGUUGAGGAAAUUGAAACAUCUAUUGCAGAAUAUCGUAACAAAACUAUGAUGCUCCGAAGGAUAAAUACAUUACUAUCUACUAAGCGAGUACCAGAAUUUUAUUCAGAAGUCAUUCCAUUAUUCUGCUUUGGUUUGAAAGCUGCUAUCUGGACAGAAGCAAUCAAUAUUCUUGCAAAUGUUGCACAGAAUGAUCCUCGCACUUUCUGGAGAUUAAUACAUGCUGAAGUGUUCCGUCUUAACGAAUUUAAGUUCACGUAUUCUGGAUUUUCAACAAAGGUCCUUGAAUCCUAUUUCAAUAAGGAUACGAAUUUAUCAACUACUUUGACCAAAUUUGGUGGAAUAUCUUUUGAAUGUCCUAACUUAUCUAAAUUCAACAAGGCAGUGAGCGAUGGCUAUAAAUUCAUAACUAAUAAUUUUAUCAACAGUUAUAUUACACAUUUUAUCUCGAUUUGUGAUCCAGAAAAUGUAAAUUUUGACUAUUGGAAUAAUUACGGUCUCUUGAUUAGGACAUUGACAGAAGUCCCUCAUAUUGCUGAGCAGCACUCUCGACAGAUUGAUAAGGAAAGUCAAGAAACUGAAGUGGCAGCACAAGAUAGUAAAUCAUGCGAAACAAUAGAAACUGAAUAUGAAAAGAAAGAUGAUCUUGCCAAACAAUCCGCAAGGGAAAUCAGGUCUAAAAUGUUACUUUAUUUAAAGUUAUUUUCGAAAUUCAAGAAUCCACGUUCAGUAUACAAGUCUACAGAGUUACAAAAUAUUUAUUUGCGGCUAUUAAUGAGAGGAGACAUCAAAAUACAGAGUCCUGCAUUAGAAUGUUUGUUUACGUGGAAGUUCAAAGGCGUCACUCCUUAUGAAAAUAAUCUUCGUAACCUUGUUGAUGAAGCAAAGUUUAGGGAUGAAUUAUUAACAUUCUCGCUUAAUGCAGAAAAUGGUUCAAUAGAGUUAGAACAUAGGGCUGAAAUAAUGCCUAUUAUAAUACGUAUUUUAUAUGGUCGAGUGAUUGCAAGAAGGGGUAAAGCUUCAUCAAAGACUGGAAUGGGUGCCAGAAGAGUAGCUGUUUUGUCUGCAUUAAUCAAUUGUAAUCAAUCCGAACUCGAAUUUCUUGUUAAUUUACUCUUGGAACCUUUUACAGUAAUUCGUCAACAACCAGAUAUUAUUGAUAAUGAAUUCAAGUUUGUACCAAAUAUAACUGUUGAUAAUAUUGUUCCUUAUCGAAAACAACUUGGAUACCUGAAUUUUUUAGAAGAUUGCUUGAAACAAUUAGGAGCCUACUUAUUUCCCUUUAUUUCGGAUAUGCUCAAAGUCGUUUUGUAUAUGGUUAAUAGUGCACAAAAAAACUUGAUAUCAGAAGAUAAAAUGCGAAAAGAUCAGUUGGAUAUUAAAACUGAUAGUAAUAUUAUACCUGAUAACAUUGAAACAGCUAAUGAUGUAAAAGAUCGUAACCAACAAUUUAAAAUUAUUAGACAGCUUGGUUUAAAAAGAAUUAAUGAGUUUUUCAAGAUUCGUUCAUCUUUUAAUUAUCAACCCUACAUUAAUGCAAUGUUUAAUUCAUUUAUUUCAUUACGAAUUCCUAAAUUAAACAUUGAAAAUACACAAGCACCUUCUGCGUUAAUGGAAUUAUUCUCUACAUGGGCUUCAAACAGAGACUAUUUACUAUUUUUAGUUGAUUACAACAAAGAAGUGUUACCAAAAAUAUUCGCAUGCCUCUCUGCGAAAAAGGUCCGAGCGUCAGUUGUUUCGAUUGUUUUAGAUAUUAUAGAAAAUAUAUUGAAAAUUUGUGAAAAUGAAAUGGAAAUUGAUGAUCUUAUUCAGGCAGAUAGCACAAAUUUGAUCACUAAAGUGAUACGCCCUCACAUUUCUUCUUUGUUAGAUAACCUAGAAUAUGGGUUAUUACAACAUAGUCAAAAUGGUACAUUUGGUAAAGAUGCAUUUUCUAAGCGAGAAAUUUCAAUCCUUUCACAGAUUGCGGCAUAUGUUAAUAAUGGAGAACAAGCUAAAAAAUUGGUGGAUUUAUUAAUUCCACAUCUUCGAAAGACAUCUCGAUUUGUUACCGAACAAACCAAAACACAUAUUCUGAAAAUCAUUAAAAACUUUCUAUGCAUCAUUCCAGGGUUUGAACCGUCCAAUGAUUUAUUUAUAAAAUAUUAUGAACAAGUAUCUAGAGAGUUUUCGACGCUUCGCUCGCGAGAAUGCCGUAAUCUAUUGGUUGAAGUCCUCGAAGAAUUUUCCAAAUUAGAUAAUACGUUACAGGAAGUAGUAGAACUCAUUAAAGAACUUAAUUCAUUUUCGACAAUUAGAUUAAAUGAACCAGAUUUUGAAAAGCGUUUAGAUGCUUUUAAUCGUAUUAACCAAGAAUCUUAUAAAAUAUUUUCAGCAAUGCAAUGGUUGCCAUUGCUACAAAAUUGCAUCUUCUUUAUUCAAGAUCCUGAAGAACUUUCAAUUCGAAAUAAUUCAUCUUAUUGCAUAAUUCGGUUUAUUGAUCGUUUUGUGGAAUAUCGUAAUAAUACCAAUAAUAUAGAAUUCAAUAAUGAUAUUCAAAACAAAUUUCAGAAUAUUUUAAUUAAAGUUAUUUAUCCUGCAAUCAAAAAAGGCAUGAAGUUAUCGAUAGAACUAGUUCGUAUGGAAUUUCUUAAUAUACUAUGUUAUGCGGUUAAGAAAUGUUCUAUGCUGCCUCAAUUUGUUGAUAUGUCCUGUUUACUAUUCGAUGACGAAGAAGCAAACUUUUUCAAUAAUAUUUAUCAUCUUCAAAUGCAUCGUCGCGUACGUGCGAUUAAAAGGUUUUCUAACGAAUGUUCCAUGGGAAAGUUAAAGACAAUUGGUGUUAUUGCUAGUCAACUUCAAUGGGACCAAUAUUACGCUCUUUUAAAACAGUACAUGAAAUUUAUUUCACGAAAAUUAACAAUUGAAAAAGUAUUAAUUAGGACCAUUAUGACCGUUUUGGAUAAUUUUCAUUUCAAUAUUUCUGAGAGUAUAGUUAGAUCUCAGUCAUCAAAUAAAUUAGUUGAACUUGAAGGGAAUGAUAAAAGGGAUGAUAAAAGGGAUGAUAAAAGGGAGACAUGCGAUGAACCACAUUCAAAGGAGAUUGACAUGAUAACUGAAGAUGCUGAAGAGGAGGAGGAGGACGAUUCAAAUAAACAAGAUGAGUCAUUAAACAUUGAUGUACCGAAUGAUGCAAUAGCCGAGAAGGUUUUAUCUCAACGUAUUCACGAUGCUAUAAUAAGUCGAGUACUGCCUGGAUUGAAAUUAUAUUUGACCAAAUGUGAUGACAAUAAUAUUACGGUACGAGUACCUGUGGCAUUUGCGAUCACAAAAUUAUUAAAAGCUUUACCUGAGACGUCGCUUCGUCUCAAUUUACCAGGAUUACUCAUUACAAUAUGUCAAAUAUUAAGAAGUCGCAGUCAAGAUACUCGUGAUGUUACAAGAGAUACCAUAGUUAAAAUUUCAAAUUUUCUGGGACCUAUAUAUUUUUCAUUUAUUGUAAAAGAACUACAAGGUGCACUUACACGAGGCUAUCAGUUACAUAUCCUUGGAUUUACAUUACAUUCCCUCUUGUUUAAUUUAGCCCCAAACUUAGCGGUCGGAGACAUUGAUUAUUGUCUUCAACUAAUUGUGGAUAUUAUUAUUAAUGAUAUAUUUGGUCAUGUUGCAGAAGAGAAAGAUACAGAGGAAAUAACGGGUAAAUUAAAGGAAAUGAAAGCUAACAAGGGUUUUGGAUCAUUUGAGAUCCUCGCAAAAAUUAUCCGGUUUAAGAAUAUCGGUAUCUUGUUGACACCACUUAAAGAUAUUAUGCGAGAAACACAAAGUUUAAAGAUUUUGCGAAAAGUUGAAGAGGUAUUACAAAAAGUGGCAGUAGGGCUGAAUAAUAAUUCUGAAUUUGAGGCCAAAGAAACUAUAACAUUAUGUAAAGGACUUAUAUCACAGAAUCUUGAUAUAUCAAAAUCGGAACCAAAGGUUAAGACUGUUAAAACAAAUUUGGAGAUGAACUUUACGGUGCAAUUAAAACGUGACAUCACUGAACCCGUUGAUCAUUUUAACACAAAUGCAUAUCUUUUUGUGCAAUUUGGAUUAACAAUAUUUUCAUCUGCUCUUAAACACGAAAA